AUGGCUGCGAAGAAGGUCCAACAGCAGGAAAUGGUCCAGGUUGGCCGUUCUGAGCAAUCAGCUUCCCCGUUCUGGAAAGCCAGAUCAGUCUCUCAGAAUAGAGCGGUCUCUCAGUCUCCUGACCAGAGCACCGUGGUUGGAGCCUCGUACUCUCACGCCAACAUAAUAAACAGAGGGUUACCGCAACAACAUACACAAGCUCGAACGCCGCCUCGCCCCUCCUCCAAUAACUCCCCACAUAUAUCUCCCCUCCCUCGACGCCCGGGGGUAUGGGUCUCAUCGCCGCGCGCAUCAUACUCCGGUAUCAUGAAUGAAGAGCUUGGGCCAUGGAGCCAUGAUACCCCUGGAGUGAAGGUUGAGGAUGAGAAUGAUGGGGAAGAAGACAUUGUGUUCGACGAUGACGAGGAUGAGUUUGGGCUUCCGAGCAUUGCAAGCAUGCGAAAGAGGCAAACCCGGAAAAUCGAUGCUCUGCAAACUAAGCCAGUCGAAUUACUGGUUCGCGCUGAAAGCAGACCGUCAAGUCUUGGUGUUAGCCAACCGAACAAUCGGCAGCGAGCUAAUAGCUCAGAUAUCGCCGAAGAACGAGACAUCCCCUUAUAUCCGACGACAGCUCGUAAGGGCGAAGGCAAGAUUCUUCGGCCCCAAUACAAAGACAUUCUGCGAGAUCCCGCCAAUGCUUUGAAUCUCAUUAAUCAUACUGCGCCUCCGAAAGAUGCAUCGCCAAAGGAGAUAGAGGCGCACUCGAGUCGCAUUUCUAGGAUUAACAAGUUCAAACGCCUCUUGCAAGCAAGCAGCGUACCUUUGACUGAGCUAAGGAAUCUGGCAUGGUCAGGAGUUCCUGACGAAGUACGAGCCAUGACCUGGCAACUCCUCCUGGGAUAUCUCCCCACAAAUAGCGAGCGACGCAUCGCUACUCUUGAGCGAAAACGAAAAGAGUAUCUAGACGGGGUCCGUCAGGCCUUCGAGCGCAGCAGCGCAGCGGGCGCGGGGAAUCCUCCGUCUUCAAAUACCGGGCGCGGGCGAGGACUAGACGAAGCAAUCUGGCACCAGAUCAGCAUCGACGUGCCACGCACUAGUCCUCAUAUACAGCUUUACAGCUAUGAGGCCACCCAGCGAUCGUUAGAAAGGAUUCUUUACGUAUGGGCUAUCCGACACCCGGCUAGCGGUUAUGUACAAGGAAUCAACGACCUUGUCACCCCUCUAUGGCAAGUUUUUCUCGGUGUCUACGUCACAGACCUCAACGUGGAGGAAGGGAUGGAUCCCGGCCAGCUUCCUCGAAGCGUGCUAGAUGCCGUAGAAGCAGAUUCAUUCUGGUGCUUAACCAAAUUACUUGAUGGAAUCCAAGACAACUAUAUCUAUGCUCAGCCCGGCAUCCACAGACAGGUUCGCGCCUUGCAUGAUCUGACAGCGCGCAUAGACUCUACUCUGGCCAAGCAUCUGGAAAAGGAAGGGGUAGAAUUUAUGCAAUUCAGUUUUCGAUGGAUGAACUGCUUGCUCAUGCGGGAAAUGAGUGUGCAAAACACUAUUCGGAUGUGGGAUACCUAUAUGGCCGAGGAGCAGGGUUUCUCACGCUUUCACCUAUACGUUUGCGCUGCAUUCCUCGUCAAAUGGACGGACCAGCUAGUCAAGAUGGACUUCCAGGAAAUCAUGAUGUUUCUACAAGCCCUACCAACGCGAGGCUGGACAGAGAAAGAUAUUGAACUCCUCCUCAGUGAAGCAUACAUCUGGCAAAGCCUCUUCCAGGAUUCCAGGGCCCACCUCCGCCCCAGUACCGGAGACCAUACUCCUGACAACGGCUUCCAAUGA